AUGGCUUCAUUGAAGACAGUCGUUCACAGAGGGCAGUGGCUCGGCCUGGUUCUUUGUCUCUUUGCGCUGAGGUCCGUGUCUGGACAGGCUCGUUACUCCGUUCCUGAGGAGCAGGCGGAGGGAUCUUUCGUUGGAAAUAUUGCUGGAGAUUUGGGAAUAGAUGUAAAAAGGCUGGUCUCAGGAAACGCUCGCAUUGUGACAAAAGAAAGUCGACAAUAUGUGGAUUUAAAUCGAGACAAAGGCAUCCUUGUUGUUAAAGAGCGAAUCGACCGAGAGGAGCUGUGUGAGAAAACAACGCCCUGCAGUUUUAGUUUUGAGGUGAUUCUGGAGAAUCCAAUUCAGCUGUAUCGAGUCACUGUGGAGGUAACAGAUGUGAACGAUAAUACUCCAGCUUUUCCAAAAGAUGAAAUCGUUUUAAAAAUAGUGGAAACUGCUGCUUUAGGGACACGCUACGCGUUAGAACGAGCGGAUGAUUCAGAUGUAGGUAUCAAUGACAUUCAAAAAUACAUCCUGAAACCCUCGGAUCAUUUUAAACUUAAAAUGCAAACACAGUCUGACGGGAGUCAGGUUGUGGAGAUGGUUUUGGAAACGCCUUUAGAUCGAGAGAAACAGGAGGAGCACACUCUGAUUUUGGUUGCUUCAGAUGGAGGCGCACCUCAGAGAUCAGGAACAGCACGUAUUCACAUCACUGUGCUAGACGCGAACGAUAAUGCACCAGUCUGUAGUAAACAGGUUUAUAAAGCUGAGGUUCAGGAAAACUCUGCACUUGGCACUGUGGUCACCACCGUCAGCGCCAAUGACGCAGAUAAAGGGAUAAAUGGUGAAGUUACUUAUUCAUUUGCUCACGUCAGUAAAGAGGCCAAGCAGCUGUUUGAUGUAAAUGCCAAAACAGGUGAAAUUACAGCGAUUGGUAAUCUGGAUUAUGAAAAGUCCAAAUCUUAUCAAUUAAAUGUCUUGGCCAGUGAUCACGGAGGCUAUUCAGACACGUGCAAAGUUAUUAUCCAAAUAACUGACGUGAAUGAUAACUCGCCUGUUAUUCAGCUCAUGUCAUUUUCAAGCACAAUCUCUGAAGAUGCUCCUCCAGGCACAACUUUAGCUGUGAUUAAUGUUCAUGACGAUGACUCCGAGAGAAACGGUGUAGUAGAAUGUUCUAUUAGUUCUGAUUUACCUUUUAAAAUUGAAUCUUCAUUGUCUGGUUAUUAUACAAUAGUUACUGAUGACGUGUUAGACAGAGAGAGUGUCUCAGAAUAUAAUAUUACUCUAUCAGUGACUGACCAAGGCUCCCCGCCGCUUUCAAACAGAAAAACUAUUCAGGUCAAAGUUUCUGACGUCAAUGACAACUCCCCAAAGUUUGACGAAUCAGAAUAUAGAAGAACAAUACCUGAGAAUAACUCACCUGGGUUUUCUAUAUUCACUGUACGUGCGACUGAUGCAGACUGGGGUCAGAACGCGCGGGUUUCAUACUUCCUGGAGGAAAUGGAAAUUAAUGGUGCGUCUCUGUCUUCUUUGGUGUCCGUGAAUUCAGAAAGUGGCGUGAUUUCUGCAGCAAAAUCCUUUGAUUAUGAGCAAAUAAAGAAGUUUAACUUCAACGUAACAGCUCGUGAUGCUGGCUCUCCUCCUCUGAGCUCAGUGGUGCCAGUUAAGCUCCUGGUUCAGGACCAGAACGACAACGCCCCUCAGGUGCUGUACCCAGUCCAGACUGGGGGCUCUCUGGUGGCUGAGAUGGUGCCUCGUUCAGCAGAUGUGGGCUAUCUGGUCACUAAAGUGGUGGCUGUGGAUGUGGACUCUGGACAGAAUGCCUGGCUCUCCUAUAAACUGCAGAAAGCCGCAGACAGGGCGCUGUUUGAAGUGGGCUCACAGAAUGGAGAAAUAAGAACUAUCCGCCAAGUGACUGAUAAAGAUGCAGUGAAACAGAGACUGACUGUUAUAGUGGAGGACAACGGGCAGCCCUCUCGUUCAGCUACAGUCAUUGUUAACGUGGCGGUGGCGGACAGCUUUCCUGAAGUACUGUCUGAGUUCACUGACUUUACGCACGACAAGGAGUACAAUGACAACCUGACUUUUUACUUAGUGCUGGCUCUGGCUGUAGUCUCCUUUCUGUUCAUCACGUGUGUAGUGGUCAUUAUAUCAGUGAAAAUCUACAGAUGGAGACAGUCUCGCAUCCUGUAUCACUCCAAUCUGCCAGUGAUCCCAUACUAUCCUCCACGUUACUCAGACACUCUGGGCACAGGGACCCUCCCACACGUGUACAAUUACGACACGUGCAGGACCACAGACUCCAGAAAGAGUGACUGUAAGUUUGGCAGAGCUGGUAGUCAGAACGUGCUGAUAAUGGAUCCCAGUUCAACAGGGACGAUGCAGCGGAUACAGAGUGAGAAGAGCAUCCUGGACGAACCAGACUCUCCUCUAGAGGUUAGACAGAUUUCGAAAAUAACUGCAUUGAACGGAACAAUGAAACGGCGAGUCGUGCUAAUUGUGACCCUCUUUUCUUUCUGCCCUGUGCUUGGGCAAGUCAGCUACUCCAUCCCCGAGGAAAUGGCACCGGGUUCUGUUGUCGGUAACGUAGCUCAGGAUUUGGGUUUGGACAUCAAAAGACUCGAGUCUGGAAAGGCCCGCGUUUUUACAGGAGAUGGAACGGCGUGUAUUGAGCUGAACAGAGAAAGAGGAGUGCUUUUGAUGAAGGAUAGGAUAGACAGAGAGAUGCUUUGUCGACAAGUGACGCCCUGUGCUCUGCAUUUUCAGAUUUUAUUGGAGAAUCCUAUGGAGUUUUACCGUGUGACUGUGGAAAUUUUGGAUGUUAAUGAUAACCCGCCCGUCUUUAUGAACAGUAAUGUAAAUUUCAAUAUUAGUGAAUCUGCUUUAGUAGGCACAUCCUUUACGUUGGAUACCGCAACCGAUUUAGACGUAGGAGAUAACAGUUUAAAAUCGUAUUUUAUUAAACCCAGUGACACAUUUUCCAUUAAAAUGAACGGAGAUGAAGACACUAGAAAUGUUGAAAUGGUUUUAAAUGCGCCUUUAGACAGAGAGAAAACAGAUCACCUGUCGUUAGUUCUUACAGCAGUAGACGGAGGAGAGCCCCAGAUGUCGGGAACAAUGCAAAUACGCGUCACAGUUUUAGACUUUAAUGACAACGCUCCCGUGUUUUCACAGCCUGUGUAUAAAGCAGCGAUUAAAGAAAAUGCACCGCUGGGCACUCUUGUUGUUAAAGUCACUGCUACAGAUGCAGACCAUGGAUCUAAUGGUGAAAUUAUAUAUUCGAUUACAAAUGUGGCAAAAGAAAUACGUGGACUAUUUGUAAUAAAUAGAGAAAGUGGUGAGGUUACAUUAAAUGGGAAGACUGACUAUGAGAUAUCCAAACAGUAUCAGAUUAAUGUCAGGGCGAGUGACCAUGGGGGAUUGACUGGCUCUUGUAAAUUAAUAGUAGAUGUAUUAGACUUAAACGAUAAUCGUCCGAAUAUUUAUAUCAUGACUAAAUCAAACGUGAUAUCCGAGGACGCAAAACCGAACACUGCAGUGUCUAUGAUUAAAGUAGAAGAUGUCGAUUCGGCUGAAAAUGGAAGAGUAAAUUGUUUCAGUGAGAACGAUGAUCGCUUUAUACUUAAGUCAAAAACUGCUAAUUUUUAUACAUUGGAAACAGAUAAUGAAUUGGACCGAGAGUUAACCUCUGAGUAUAAUAUCACUAUCACGUGUUCAGAUGAGGGCGUGCCCUCUCUCUCCAGCAGCGUCACUCUCACAUUACACAUCUCUGACGUGAAUGACAACGCGCCUGUCUUUGACAGGAGCUCGUAUGAGGCCUACAUUGUAGAAAACAACAGCCCGGGUCUCUCUAUAUUCACAGUGAAAGCCACAGACGCUGACUGGAACCAGAACGCGCGUGUCUCUUACAUACUGGAGGACUCCUCUGUUAACGGAGUGCCAGUCUCCUCAUAUGUGUCCGUUAGUGCAGAUAGUGGAGUCAUCCAUGCAGUGCGCUCCUUUGACUACGAGCAGAUCAAGGAUUUCCAGUUGUGCGUCAAAGCGCAGGACGGAGGCUCUCCUCCUCUCAGCAGCAACGUGACUGUGAAAAUCCUGGUUCAGGACCAGAACGACAACGCCCCUCAGGUGCUGUACCCAGUCCAGACUGGGGGCUCUCUGGUGGCUGAGAUGGUGCCUCGUUCAGCAGAUGUGGGCUAUCUGGUCACUAAAGUGGUGGCUGUGGAUGUGGACUCUGGACAGAAUGCCUGGCUCUCCUAUAAACUGCAGAAAGCCGCAGACAGGGCGCUGUUUGAAGUGGGCUCACAGAAUGGAGAAAUAAGAACUAUCCGCCAAGUGACUGAUAAAGAUGCAGUGAAACAGAGACUGACUGUUAUAGUGGAGGACAACGGGCAGCCCUCUCGUUCAGCUACAGUCAUUGUUAACGUGGCGGUGGCGGACAGCUUUCCUGAAGUACUGUCUGAGUUCACUGACUUUACGCACGACAAGGAGUACAAUGACAACCUGACUUUUUACUUAGUGCUGGCUCUGGCUGUAGUCUCCUUUCUGUUCAUCACGUGUGUAGUGGUCAUUAUAUCAGUGAAAAUCUACAGAUGGAGACAGUCUCGCAUCCUGUAUCACUCCAAUCUGCCAGUGAUCCCAUAUUAUCCUCCACGUUACUCAGACACUCUGGGCACAGGGACCCUCCCACACGUGUACAAUUACGACACGUGCAGGACCACAGACUCCAGAAAGAGUGACAUUAAAUACAUGCAGCCGAUGAGUCAAAGUUUGGUCAGUGUGGAUGACGUCGGUGCUGAUUCUGCGCAGAAUGGACAUCAGAGAUCAACUAACUCUACAUUGAUCGUAUAUUACUAA